UGACUUUCCCCCCAGUCCUGUUGCUACACGCUCACAGAUAACUCUAGCUGAUAUACCACCGGACAACGCAGUUCACAAUUUUCCACCAUUCAGUCUAUCCACACCGUUAAAACACUCAAUUUUAAUUCGAGCAAAUAAAGAGUAACACGCCAAAAGUUGACCAUCGGACGUGCGCGUGAACGUGACAUUGUCUCAUCUUGUGAUUACAUCAUUAUUAUUAUACACGGUGGAACGUGACAAUUUAUCACUGCGAGUCUACCCAACAAGGCUGAUCCGGUUUUGGCGCCAUAGCGGAUCACCUAAUCAGUUCAGAUGGUGUGAAAAAGACACGGGGGUUGAACCAGUCGUAUAAUCGAUUUUGCGUCACUGCAAAACGCAUCAGUGACUACGCACGAUUGGCGACUCUAAUCAACCAUCUGUUGCAUCAACUUGAUGCUCUUAAGAUGACCAAAACAUACUUCACCAUCGCUGUCAUCAUAUUUUUGGCCAGCAACAUCACUGGAACUUUUUCCAAGGGUCCUCCAGUGAUAACCACUUCUCUUCAACCACGUUUUACUGGUAAAUUAGGAGAAGUCAUCCGUUUUAUAUGUCCCAUCAGAGGUGAUCCUGAACCAAUUUUCGAAUGGUAUAGGAACGGAGAAAGAGUCAUGGAGUACUGGGACCGCUAUCGGCUUAUUAGCAAAGGUUACUCUCUCAACAUUCAACGCCUUGAGUGCGAGGAUCAAGGAACUUACAUCUGCAAGGCCGUCAACGGUUUUGGCGUUCAUGAAAUAAGCUUUCAAUUGGAUCUCCUAGACGAAUCGAUGCAAGAAGCUUGUAAAUCUAAUAGCGACGAAGUGUUCUCAUCGUCCAAACCCAUCAUCUUACACAAAUCCAAAAAGUCGAAGCACAUGCUCAAACCGGCCAGUUAUGAUGUCAUGCUCAAGUGCAUCGCCGUCGCCGAGCCAAUUCCCAAAUUCCAUUGGUUCAAAGAUGGAGUGGAGAUCAUUCCCGAGAAGGGAAACGCGGAGCCUAAAUAUUCCGUGCGCUCCAUCGUACUUUCGGAAGAGGAUCUAACUGAAGUCAACGAGAAGGAGGGCAUGCGAUCCACGCUGCAUAUCCGCCAUGCCAGGGGAUCGGAUACGGCCAACUACACGUGCCGAGCCGAGAACGAACAUGGAUGGGAUGAGUUGACGCACAUCUUGGAAGUUGUCGAACGUCAAGUUCCUCGACGUCCAGAAUUGCAUCCAGAUUUCCCGCCGUUUCAUACGUGGGUAGAAGCAGGGCAAGCCGGCUCUUUAUCUUGCAGAGUCGAAUCAGAAUUUCCACCCGAAAUUCAUUGGCUAAAGCGGCUUACGCCAAGUCCUGGUUCGUCAAAAAUCAUCCAGCCUCCUACGCCCGAUGAAGCGGAAGUCGAAAACAUUCAUUCCCAGUUUAUCGUCAACCGAACAAUCACUAUAGGAAACAUCAAAUAUCAGAUUCUACCUUCAGCUUUACCUAAACUGAUAGACGGUUACUACUCCUCAAUUUUACUACUCUCGAAAAAGAGCCAGGAAGUUGACUCUGGAAUCUACGUCUGCUUGGCUUUGAAUAAUGCCGGAUUCAACUACCGACAAGUUUACUUCAAUGUCACCAAUAAUUACCCGCAUCCAACUACAGAUGAAAACUAUCCAGGGCGUAACCCGAGUGAAGGAUGGAGUGAUAAGAAUCAUGCUACAACCACUGCAGUUGUUGUCGUCGUGGUCGUUUGCGGAUUGCUCGCAAUGGUUGUGUCAUGCUUCGUCUGGAAGAGGCGCAAAAACCAUCUCAAAGACAAAAGUCUUAGCGCUUCGGCUCCCUCAUUUUGCCCUUCAGUUCCGGAAGCUAUUAUCAUACAGCAACCCACUCCAGUCACUCCAACACUUCCGGACUAUUCAGUCUUCCGGGAGGGACUAUCCAGCGGUAAUGGCGCAACGCCUCCAGCCUCCCAUAGUUCUCGAUCGGAUCCAGCUCAGAAUCCUCAAGCGUUGGCUCCGCAAGCCAAUAAGGAAGUCUCACAGCCGCGAGUGUAUUAUCUGUCAGCGCGGCCGUCAUCCAACACCAUCACCAACAGCCCACGGCAGCCGAAAGUAAUCCAGCAGCAGCAGCAGCGAACGAAACUGAACAGUUCCAGCGGAAGGAGCGGAAACGGAUCUCGUCAGCAUCAUCGCUCAUCGCCCCGGAGUGCCAAUAAUCAUCAUUACUAUAUCAAUCCAUCGCAUCACCAUCACCGCCAACCAGUGCCGCCAGAAGCCAGGUCGUUGACGACUGACACUUCCUUCCACAGCGACUCGUUUUAUCCCGAUUGGUCGGCCCAUCCCCAUCACAUUCGAUUGCCUCACCCGUCUCCCGAGAGUAGCUUUGAUCAGCUUUGAGAUUCAAUAGUCUAGUGCCAGAUCGAGACGAUCGAUCCGGAUCGUUGACGCAUUGAGAUUGAAAUUCAGCACUCACCCACUCGUUGAUCCACACACACUUGCGCCUAUAUAUCAAACUCGUCGCCGUUGUCGAUCGAUCGACGGCAAUCGGAAGCUGAGUGGCCUAGAGUACAAGUGCUGUUGUAUACGUUCGCCAGAGCUAUAAACAUUUAUUUUUCAGUCGUACUGAAAUGGAUACCAAAUACUCGCGCUUCAUGUGUUUGUCGAAAAACCUGUCAUUUUGCAGCUAUCAUGCGUACGCCAUCUAGUCGUUUCACAUUGAGUAAUAUCGUCGCCAGGCUGCUGUAUAAUAAAUAAUAAUAACUACCGUAAUAAUAUAUAUGUAUAAAUAAUAGAAAACCAAAAAUAUUCUGUUGAUUCUUUCUUUGUUGGCAUUGUAUUAAUCAUCUGUGUAUAUUAUAUAUUUACAAAAUAUUAUUUUAAAAAAAAAAAGAAACGCAAAAGCUUUGAUGACAGCCUUAAAGAACUGUCUUGGCUCUCUUCGAAACGACAACAAUUUAAAGCUGGGCAUUCACUCCGAUAAAAGUCGUAAUAAGCGGUACGUAGUACAUCGUCGACAUCUAUAAUAUAAGU